AUCAUCUGGAUGUCAGUGGUCUAACAGGUUUUCUGUCAAAACAGCAAAAAGCCAUGUCCAUCUCCUUUGAGAUCGAGGACUUUUAUGACACAAACUCUACUGCCCAUUAUGACCUCAAUCCAGACACAUUUUCCUGCAACCCCAAACAUGUGGAUCCCACGGUGGCACUGAUCUUGUGUCUCGUCCUCAUAAUCAACUUUUUACUGGCAGUUCCAGGAAACGUGCUGGUGGGGUGGGUCAUCAUCAGCACCCGACAGGUUCUGACCUCAUCGGACGUCUACUUGCUCCACUUGACGCUGGCCGACGGUCUGAUGGCUCUGACGCUCCCGUUUUUCGCUGUAGAACUGAUCCAAGGGUGGCUCUUCGGCGGCUUCAUGUGCAAGUUCCUCAACCUCGUCUUGGAGGCGAACUUCUACACCAGCAUCAUCUUCCUGACCUGCAUCAGUGUCGAUCGGUACCUCGUGAUCGUGUGUGCCAACGAGUCCAACCGGAGUCACCAGAGGAGGUGCAGCAGGCUCCUGUGUGUGGGAGUCUGGGUCCUCGGUUGGGCCCUUGCUCUGCCUGCACUUUUUCACAACGUCGUAACRGUUAAGGACAGCAAGUCCGAGAGAUUUGUUUGCAUGGAAACCUUUAACAUCGGCCGUGUCACCAGCUGGAGGCUCGCCACUCGCGUGUUCCGCCACGUUUUUGGCUUUUUGGUCCCUCUGGUGGUCAUGAUGGCCUGCUACAGYGUCACCAUCGUGCAGCUGAUGCGCACCAGGGGUUUCCAGAAGCACCGGGCCAUGAGAGUGAUCAUAGCCGUGGUGGUUGCGUUUCUGCUGUGCUGGAUGCCGAAUCACAUCACACUGUUGGCCGACACACUGAUCAGGGUCAAGCUGAUCCCGUUUGACUGCAGCUCGAGGAUGUCGGUGAACUUGGCUCUGUACUUGACCAACACCUUGGCUCUGCUCCACAGCUGCAUCAACCCUUUCCUGUACGCGUUCGUGGGGGAGAAGUUCAGGAAGAAAAUGAUGCUUCUCCUGCAAAGGAAGCUCAGACAGAAGAGGACGUCGGGGUCAACGUUCAGCAGGUCAACGUCUCAAACCUCAGAGGGAACUGGGACUUUUCUCUGAUCGCUCAACAAACAUUUUCUUGCGCAAAAAGAAAAAGCAGAUCAGUUUAUUCUCUCCCAGGAAAUGGGAAUACAUGUUCCAGUUGUUGUUGCUUCCACCAGUUUGGAUCAGGUGAUACUCUGCUGCCAUCUAUUGAACUUGCUCCUGUUUUACCUCAGUUUCCUCUGACCAUCAAAUUUGUGUAUCAAGUUAUUAAAGUAAACAUAUGAUGUUUUAAAUCCUUCUUUUUCACAUUUAAAUCAUUCAG